AUGACCGUGCGGCGGCAACUAGACUAUGACUUCAAGCAUGUUGAGUGGGGAACGAAGGUCAUAAUUCAGUAUCUUAUCCAUUAUUGUAGUUCCCCCCCGCCCCCCAUAUGGGCCUCUUCUUCCAGAAGAGGUGGUAUGACUGUUUUAGGGAAAGUUGCAGUUCCAAAACCUAUCAACUUACCCAGUCAGAGGUUAGAAAAUCAUGGUCUGGACCCAAAUGUGGAGAUUGUUCCCAAGGGUACACUCAGCUGGGGUAGUAGAUCAUCAUCUUCUACAUCUAAUGCAUGGGGGUCUUCUUCUUUGUCCCCAAAUACUGAUGGUGGUACUGGUUCACCCAGUCAUCUCAGUGCCCGUCCAUCAUCUGGUGGAAGUGGCACACGACCUUCUACUGCUGGUAGUGAUAGGGUUCUUGAGCCUACUGCUAAUUCAUGGGGGUCAAAUUCUCGGCCUUCAUCAGCUUCUGGGAUUCUGUCAACAAAUCAGUCUUCAUUGACAUCACUGCGUCCUCGGAGUGCAGAAACUAGACCCGGUAGCUCACAGCUGUCUCGAUUUGCUGAACCCUUGAUUGAAAAUUCAGGUGCUUGGAAUGCUGCUAGGACUACAGAUAAACUGGGAGUUACACAAGCCAAGAAUGAAGAAUUUUCUCUAAGCUCCGGAGACUUUCCAACCCUUGGUUCUGAUAAAGAUAAGUCUGUUCUGAAUUCUGAGUUGCAAGAGAACAAUUCUCAAGCUCACCCUGACUCAUCUUCUGAACUCAGGAAAGAGAUAAAUGAGACCCCUGUUAUUGACGAUGUUCCUGUAAAUGCAAAUAGUAAGGGUGGAACUGUAAAUUCUUGGAGAAGAGAUUAUCAGGCUUAUAACGAGGAAAGUGUGAGGCCAGGCAUAGAGAAGUGGCAGGGAAACACCCAGCCUUAUCCUAAUGCUGGUAUUCCUCCUCAACACUAUGAUGCUUGGCAUGGCCCUCCAGUAAAUAACCCUCAGGGCUGUGUUUGGUUCAGGGGUCCUCGUAGUGGCCCUCCAUUUGGAAACCCUGUUACUCCAAGUGGCUUUCCAAUGGAACCAUUUCCAUAUUACCGUCCGCAUAUGCCUCCUGCCGGUCUUGGGAACCCACCCCCAGUGCCCCCUCCUGGGCCUGGACCAAGAGGGCACCAUAAGAAUGGUGAUGUCUACAGGCCUCACAUGGCCGAGGCCUUUAUUCGUCCAGGCAUUCCUAUGAGACCUGGAUUUUAUCCUGGUUCAGUGGCUUAUGAGGGAUAUUACAGUCCUCCCAUGGGCUUUUGCAAUGCAAAUGAGCGAGACGUUCCAUUCAUGGGAAUGGCUGCUGGACCUCCUCUCUAUAAUAGGUACUCAAAUCAAAAUCCUCCAGAACCUGGCAAUUCACAAGGUAGAACUGGUGGAUAUGGUAAUGCUGGGAAGCAAUUGGCCCCAGAGCAAAUGGAAUCUGGCCAUCCCCCUGAUAUUGCUGGACCAUACAGAGUUCUUCUUAAGCAGCAACCGGAAUCAGAUGGAAAAAAUGAACCAACAAAUUGGGAGGAUUCAGAGACUACAAAUGCAACAUAUGUUGAUGGGCGGGGGCAACCGAGAAUGGCUGUUUGGGAGAAUGAGCAGCAAUCAAAUCACAGAAAGAAUGAGGAGAUGGAUUUGAGGACAAGUACCCAUAGUGAAGUUUCUUCUCAGACUUCAGAAAAUCAAGUAUCUAAUUCUUCUGUUGUAAAGGCCAAAUCUCCUGAAAGUGUAGGAAACAUAAAAAAGUCUGAUGAUAUUUCGGCAAGGAAACUGGAUGGUGUUACCUCUGAUAUGCUAGAAAUAUCCCCUAAACCAUCUGCUCCAAAAGAUUCCAGUUUGAUUCAAAAGAUAGAGGGUUUGAAUGCAAAAGCUAGGGAUAAUUCAUCUGCUAGAAUUAAAGAGGAGCAAAGGAGUAAAUUUCAUGCUGGUAAUGCUGUGAAAGACCAUCUGGCAAAUGCUGUUGGUUCUGAUGUGUUUUCUGCAAGAACCCAUGCCACAGAAAUCAUAAAUCCUGCUCAUCGUGAAAUGGGUCCUGCUGGUGCUGUAAAAAAUUUUGAAUCCUUAUCUCUCAGUGGUACAGCUACAUCCAGGCAAUCUGCUCAUGGAAUGCAAGGUAGAGGUGACCAUCGUAACAAAGGAAGAUCAAACAAUCAAGAUGCUGAUGGUUGGCGAAAGAAAUCUGUGGUUGAAGAUUCUUCAGCUUCGUCAGGUGUACAGAUUGAGUCUGGUGUACAGAUAGAAUCAUCUAAUGUUCUUGUAGGUGAUCAUCAAAUAUCUGUUCAGACCUAUGACAUGUCUGGAUCUUAUAACCAAGCAAGGCACAUUGGAGAAUCUGUUCAAUCCAAGUCUGAUCCUGCUGACAGCCAUGCACAGGUAUUGUGGGUACCUUUUCUGUGCUUGCUAGCUUAA